GCAGUUAUAAAUACGCAUUGCAUUGUCUUGGGCAGCAGAUCUGGGCGUUUGCUUUCAUCACUUUCACUAUGGCUUCCGAAGGCGUUCUCCUCGGCAUGGGCAACCCUCUUCUCGACAUCUCCGCCAUCGUCGACCAAUCCUUCUUAGAGAAGUAUGGUAUCACCUUGAACAACGCGAUUCUUGCGGAGGACAAGCACAAACCUAUGUAUGAAGAAAUGGGCGAAAAAUUUAACGUGGAGUACAUUGCUGGAGGUGCCACUCAGAAUUCAAUCAAGGUUGCUCAAUGGAUGCUUCAAGUGCCCGGGGCAACUAGUUAUAUGGGCAGUAUUGGAAAGGAUAAGUUUGGGGAAGAGAUGAAGAAGAACUCGAAGCUUGCUGGUGUAAAUGUUCACUAUUAUGAAGAUGAAACUACACCUACUGGAACUUGUGCUGUAUGUGUACUUGGUGGCGAAAGGUCUCUUGUGGCUAACUUAGCAGCUGCAAACUGCUACAAGUCCGAGCAUUUGAAGCGACCAGAGAAUUGGGCACUAGUUGAAAAGGCCAAGUAUAUUUAUAUUGCUGGCUUUUUCCUCACUGUAUCACCAGAUUCUAUCCAGUUAGUUGCUGAGCAUGCUGCUGCAAACAACAAGAUUUUCUCGAUGAACCUUUCUGCCCCUUUUAUCUGUGAGUUCUUCAAGGAUGUACAGGAGAAAGCUCUACCGUAUACAGACUUUGUUUUUGGAAAUGAGACUGAAGCAAGAACUUUUUCUAAAGUUCAUGGAUGGGAGACUGAUAAUGUCGAGGAGAUAGCUCUAAAGAUUUCCCAGUGGCCAAAGGCAUCGGGAACGCACAAAAGGAUAACAGUUAUCACACAGGGUGCAGAUCCUGUUUGUGUUGCUGAGGAUGGUAAGGUGAAAAAGUUCCCUGUGGAACUUUUGCCUAAAGAGAAACUAGUUGACACAAAUGGAGCAGGAGAUGCAUUUGUUGGAGGAUUUCUUUCACAAUUGAUUCUGGAGAAGCCCAUUGAAGAAUGUGUGAGAGGUGGCUGUUAUGCAGCAAACGUUGUCAUUCAGAGGUCUGGCUGCACGUACCCAGACAAGCCUGAUUUUCACUGAGUUUUUGAUUGUUAGGAAACCUUUUGAUGUAUUUUGAUAAUUGCAGUAUUACUGCUUUUGGAUUUUUCUGAUUUUCAUCGAGUUCUUUCUCUCGAAUCUGUUGGCUUUAUGAAACUGUUUGUGAUUGUUAAGAAACCUUUUUAUUGUAGUAUAACUGCAUUUGGAAUUUCCAAUACCAAAUGGGGAAAACGAGGAAAAAGUUUUCAGCGGAAGGAAACAAAUAAUUCAACUGUUA